AAUCGAAAAAGGAAACCAAAAAGUAUAUCCGAAUUAAAAGCAGAGAGACUCGCGACGUAUUGACGUAAGCUUUGCUUGUGGCCGGAGGAGAAGAAAACGCCGAAAGCCGAAAACGAAAACCUAAAAAAGGAGGCAGCUUUCGCCAUUGUUCCUCCCUUCCUUCAUUUGCUUCAGAUCAAUAGCGGUAGCCGGCGGAUGAGGUAUUCGUCUAAUCUUUGAUUUCCCACGGAAACCUAGCAAAGUUCCGAACUUGGUGUGAAUCUCGCGCUCGCUCUCCGUAGGGUUUGGGCUGCUUUCUCUUCUUCUCGGGUUUCCGGGGGGAACCCUAGCUGUAAUGUUUUCCCCCGGGAAAUGAAUUUAUGUAGAUGGGAUUUUGAGAUUCCGAGGGCUUUUAUGAUAUUGGGAUGCCAACGAUGGGCUACGUGAGUGGCGGUGAUAGGAAGCGGGAUUUGUACUCUUCCUUCGCGCCGUCGUUCUCCCCGGAUUCUUUUCCGACAUCGAAGAGACCCAGAAUUUCGCCCGCGCGUCACGCCCCAGGACGGGCAACGGUGACUUUCAAUAGUACCGUCGACAAACUUUUCCGGUACCCUGAGAGGACGACGAAGCUGCCCCGGGAAGUCCACGCCCCUUGUAGGAUUUUGAAAUACGGGUUGGGCGCUCCUCGGGGUAAAUCUGGUGGUGUGGGGAAGGUCGAGAUGUUGUCUUCCGUGUUCGAUUAUGCGAGGAGAGCGGCAGUUGGAGCUCUUAGGUUUAUUGGGGUAGACAAGGAACUACCUAAAGUGGAUGAGCAACCUGUGAAGCCGAGUAACCAUGUCUUGCUGUCUGAUGAUUCAAGUAUGGAAGAAGUUCAGGUCACUGAUGACAAUGAUGAAAAUGGUGUUAGGUCUAUGGUUUUGGAUGAGCCAGUGAAUGAGCAGGAGAAUGAUGAUGUUAGGAUUGUGGAAGAGCGGUAUGUGGUUACUCCAGAACGAAAUUUGUCGGUGGAGAAGACUAGGGAGAUGGUGGAUUCUUUGGCUUUGGACCGAAGUGGUUUGUCCGUUGAGGUGUAUAGGAAACUCUUGGAUGGUGCCCAGAGGAGAGACCCAAAUGUGUUGCAGCCUCAGAUUGAAUACUAUGAGAAGAAGAGAGCUUCAUUGCAAGUCUUACGGUCUAUGAGAAAGCCGUUGGAAAAACCUGUUCAGGAGACACCUCGUGAACCUUUUAUACCCCUUACGAAGGAGGAAGAAACUGAAGUGAAGCGUGCACUCUUACCUAACAACAGGAGGAAGCUCUUAGUUGCUCACACUAAUUCAGGCAUUGACAUCACAGGAGAGGUAUUGCAGUGCCUCUCACCAGGUGCCUGGUUAAAUGAUGAGGUCAUCAACGUCUACCUGGAGUUGUUGAAAGAAAGGGAGAAGCGAGAGCCACCAAAAUUUCUGAAAUGUCAUUUCUGUAACACCUUUUUCUACAAAAGUUCUGUCUUCUUUUGUUUGUGGAAUGUGCAUCAUGUCCAGUUACUAGGUGGUGAUAAGAAAGUGUAUGACUAUAGAGCUGUGAAAAGGUGGACUACAGAACGGAAAUUGGGUUACAUGCUGGUCGACUGUGAAAAAAUAUUUAUCCCCAUUCAUCGAGAAAUUCACUGGUGCUUGGCCAUUAUUAAUAAAAGGGACCGGAAAUUUCAGUAUCUAGAUUCACUCAAAGGGAGGGACUUGCACGUGCUGAAAAAUCUGGCUAGAUAUUAUGUUGAUGAAGUGAAGGACAAGAGCAAAGUAGACAUUGACUUAAGUGAAUGGGAAUACGAGUUCCCUGAAGACCUGCCGGAACAGCUAAACGGGUACGACUGUGGAAUGUUCAUGAUAAAAUAUGCCGAUUUUUAUAGCAGAGGCUUAGGCCUUUGUUUUUCCCAGGAAAACAUGCCGUACUUCCGGCUGAGGACUGCCAAGGAGAUCCUUAGACUGAAGGCCGACUGAUGAGGUCAGCAAACACGAGCGACAGCCAAUGAGAAUGCGACAGGCGGCAUCAUAACUUAAGAGACGAGUUUUAUCGCAAAGUGUGCAAAUAGUAGGUCUUCCAUGCACUUUCAGGUAUCAACGGAAGUGCCCUAGGACCAGCGUGUGAAUACUCCCCCGGCCAACAACCUUGUUUGGUUACACAGAUUAUCGCCGCCCGAAUGGGUAGUAGCGAUCUAGUUCGGAUUCGUAUUCCGUUGCAAGGCAAGAUAUGGUUGCAGACCGUUUGUGAGAAGUGGUAAUGUUGUUUUCUGGUGCCUAUUAAAUCCCUGCCAAACGCUAGAGUAGUACUUAGUUCUAUAAACUCUUUCACUCCCUCUUUUGAAUCUUUUUUGGGGCGUCUAUAUAAUAUGCAGAUUCUUUUUUGUUUCUUCAUUCUGUUGAUUGUUUUUAUUUCAAACUUUCAAUCCCAUUUGCCCGUCAUUGGUUUGUAAUUUUGAUCAAGAAAAAAUGGAUCAUCUAUGGAGUUGACGUGUUUGUAAAACGAUACCAUAUCGUUUCGUGUUUCGACAGUGUAAUAGGAAAAAUAGAAUCUUGG